AUGAAUACCGCUUCGAGACAGAAGGCGUCAACUCUGACAAGGCAAGCAGCUACCAGCCAACCCAUGGCAGCCCCGCAGCAAGUCUCAUGGUCGCCUCCGGCAGUUGAAGAAAGACCUGGUCGAGCUGUUACAAACGAUACAUUAGGCAGGAACAGGAAGCGUUCCAAGUCUAGAGACAUGGCUCUCAAAAAGAUUGGAAUACUGCUAAGCUAUUCCGGAAAGGGAUACUACGCUCUUGAAAAGGCGAAAGGCCAACGGACUAUUGAGGGCGAUAUCAUUACGGCGUUGGAGACUUUGGGGCUUGCACAAGGCCAAUCGCUUCGAAUCAGUCGUAGUGGGAAUACGGUUGAAGGUGGACAUGCUGCUCGACAAGUUUUGUCGUUGGAGAUAAUCGAUGACGACAAACCCUACGUCGUUGACACUCUCAACCAGCUCCUCCCCGAACAAAUCCGAAUCUGGGGACUGGUCCGCACAGUGCAAGACUUUUCCGCCCGUCGAAACUGCGAUUCUCAGACAUGGACAUACUGGCUCCCCACAUAUUCCUUCAUACCACCACCAGCAACAACAGCAUACGCAUACCCACCCCAACGUGAAGAAUAUCCCAUGCCCCCUCCAGAACCACAAGGUGAUAACGGUCUCCUCUCGGGACUCCGUAAAAUGACGAUUGGCAGAACACGUCGUAAAUCAUUAUACGGGUCGUCUGGACUAGCGCUACCGGGCGAAUCAGCAGAUCCACUUGAUGCUGUUCGUAGCGCUGGGUCUGGACAGAUGGCUACGCCACCUGCGUCUCCACGAUCACCGAGUGGUGCGAAUAGUCGGCCUACGUUGCAGCAGGGGCCGAUUGAUAUCGCGCCGCCCAGUGAGCAGGAGUUGUUGCGGAUGCAGCAGUACCGUGCUUCUCCACAGCAACUGGACGCAUUACAACAUAUGAUGGGAAUGUAUCGCGGGAGCCAUAAUUGGCAUAACUAUGUCAGGAAUGGGAGUUAUGAGGAGAUGGGACAUGAUAUGGUUCAAAACGUGAUGUGCUCACCGCCAGAGUAUCAUAACAAUAUGGAAUGGGUUCGAAUCACUUUUACGGCAGCAAACUUCCACAAGUAUCAAAUACUUAAAAUGGUAGCCCUCGCAGUCCUCAUCAUACGAACCAACACACCCCGGUCUAUCGUCGCCAACAGUUUCGGAUUUGCAAAUAUCGACAUUCCAGAAGCACCGGCAUAUUCACUGGUCCUCGAAGACUCGAAAUACGACGGCAUUAACGGUGAAAUGCAGAAACUUAUUUCUGCGUCAUCGACAUUUGCUACUACGUUGGGGACUAUAAAGUUUGCUCCUUACAAUCCACAAAUUGAAGAAUUUAAGCAACGAUUCAUCUAUGAGGAGAUAUUCAACGAUGAAGCUGAAAUCAUGGGCUUUGAGGCAUGGAUGCGAACACUGGACAAGUUCAGUUUCUUGUAUCAUUAUCUGAAUCCAAGGGGUGUUUUGGAUUUGUCUGAAUUCCAACGUGGCGGAAGAUAA